AUGAAGCUUGAUGAUUGGUUGGUGUUUCAGUGUGACAGAGAGAAACUAAGUCUCAUAUUUAGGGUUACAAAUGGACCCCUCUUCUGGUCUGUGUUUAAUGGAUCUGGACCCCUCUUCUGGUCUGUGUUUAAUGAAUCUGGACCCCUCUUCUGGUCUGUGUUUAAUGGAUCUGGACCCCUCUUCUGGUCUGUGUUUAAUGAAUCUGGACCCCUCUUCUGGUCUGUGUUUAAUGAAUCUGGACCCCUCUUCUGGUCUGUGUUUAAUGAAUCUGGACCCCUCUUCUGGUCUGUGUUUAAUGAAUCUGGACCCCUCUUCUGGUCUGUGUUUAAUGGAUCUGGACCCCUCUUCUGGUCUGUGUUUAAUGAAUCUGGACCCCUCUUCUGGUCUGUGUUUAAUGGAUCUGGACCCCUCUUCUGGUCUGUGUUUAAUGAAUCUGGACCCCUCUUCUGGUCUGUGUUUAAUGAAUCUGGACCCCUCUUCUGGUCUGUGUUUAAUGAAUCUGGAUCCCUUCUGGUCCAUCAGGCUGCAGGUCUGGUGUUUGAUCUGAGGCAGAAGUGGCAGAACCUGUUCCUCAGGAGGAUCAGGUGUCCCUCUAAACCUUGGAGCCAACAGGACGAGUCCAUCAUCAGGACCCUUGUGUCUGUCCUCACAGCAGAGGAGCAGGGGGCGGGGCUUCAGCAGCCCAGGGAUCGGACAGAGACCCGACCCAUGUCAUCAGAGGAGGGACCCCAGAUCUCUAUGAGGAACUCAAAGAGCCCACAAAUACCCCCCCAGUCCACCAGCGACAGGUUGUGCAGGACUCCAGCCAGUUCAGGACGUCCUCAGACCCGCUCCUCCACUAACUCCUCCUCUGUGGACACUCCCUCUGACAGCCCCGCCUCCUCAGGAAAGGCGUCUCACUCGGCGUCUCCUCAGCUGCUUCUCUCUUCCAUGAGAUAUUUCAUCAUGAAGAGCAGCAACAUGAGGAACAUCGAGAUCUCGCAGCAGAGAGGGAUCUGGUCCACCACGCCGAGCAACGAGACCAAACUGAGCCGAGCCUUCAUUGAGCACAGCAUCAUCAUCCUGGUCUUCUCUGCGCAGGGCUCAGGACACUUCCAGGGUUACGCUCGCAUGACGUCGGCUGUCAGCAGGGAGAGCUGUCAGGACUGGGGCCUUGUGGGUCUGGGGGGGGUGUUCAGUGUGGACUGGAUCCACAGAGAGAGUUUACCUUUCCACUGCAGCCAGCACAUCGUGAACCCCUGGAACGACCACAAGAAGGUGCAGAUCAGCAGGGACGGACAGGAGUUGGAGCCUCAUGCAGGCAGUCAGCUGUUGUUACUGUGGGACAGAAACUCAUCUGCUCAAUAAGAAGAUGACAGAUUUGUCCCUCCUCCCUGUAAAAUGACAGAAGUUUGUAUUUUUAUACGUCUUUAAGAAGUUUGAUUUCAUCAGUACUGAGAGAGUUCAGAGACAUGAACUGAUUUAGUGUUAAGCUCUUGUGUUCUCCUGUUUCGCUGUUUCAUCAGUUUAUGAAGGUACCAUUAACUCAGGCUGCUGUGAUGAUGAUGACCAAGUUCUGUUUAUAAGAAGUGGACGUCUUCACUGUUUGUCCUCCACUGUUUACAAGUUUGAUGUUUGCCAUGCGGAGCAGGAUAUGACCAUAUAUGGACAAAAGGGUGGUCAUCAUGUGAGCAUGUGAUUAGCAAGUGCUAAGCUAUCAGCUAUAGCAAGUCUGUGACAUUAAUAAGGUAAAGGCUAAUAACACACACACAUACUUUCUUUUAGUACAGCCAAACUCUGAUCAGUUUUCUGGUUGCCAUGGUAGCAGCCUGUCAGUCACAUGUAGGCCCGCCCCCAACUCCUUCCCCUCUUUUUGCUCCUUUUGACCCAAAAUGGGACCAAAAUGUAACGACUAAUGAACGUCAUGAUGUGAGGAAGACUUGAGACUGAGACUUUAAACAACCAGACAUAACACCCUCUUCUUAUAAACAGACCUGUGUGUGUGUGUGUGUGUGUGUGUGUGUGUGUGUGUGUGUGUGUGUGUGUGUGUGUGUGUGUGUGUGUGUGUGUGUGUGUGUGUGUGUGUGUGUGUGUGUGUGUGUGUGUUGUACAGCUCGUCGUCAAGUUCAGAGUGUUAAAAUGUUCUUUAUGUUAAAGCCUCACUAAAUAUUCAUGAAAUUCAUCAGUGAACUUUUUACUGUUGAGUGUGUGUAUAAACAUAUAUUUAUGUUUAUUUGUUGUUAGACUGAGGAGAUGUUUGAUGAGUCAAUAAAAUGAUAAAUAUUCCUCCUUACA